AUGUUUCAAUUAUACAGAGAAAGUAAUAUUGGAAAGGCUUUUCAAGACAUGAUUGAGGAGAAGAUUAAUUCUCAGAUAAUUACACCGCAGCAAGGAAGUGCUUUGCUGGAGAUGUUUGAUAUGGCUGUAGAACAGGUUUUCAAUACAAGUGUGCAUAAUAAAAUGAAUUUUAAGGCUUCCAUAAUAAGUUAUAAGAACUUUGCAGAUGUGUGGACAUUCGUUGUCAAGGGGUUUGUUAUGACAAUUGAUGAUAAGAUCGUGCGCGCAGAUAGAGUAAAAAUUGUAGCAUGCGAUGCAAACAUAAAUAGCGAGAGAACCACUCGUGGGAAGACCCCUGACAAGAAGAAAACAUUCUAA